AUGGUCGUAGCUGUAGUUAUCCAAUUAGCAACUGGCUCAUACAAAUCACCAGCUGAGGCAGCUGAAUUUUAUUUAGAUAAAUUAGAAAAAGGUGGUGCUAAAAAGACUCGUCCAUAUCAAGUUGAUUUAAUCAGUUAUACAUCAUUAACACAAAGUUCUAAAGUCGUUCAUGUUUUAUCACAUUCUGAAUAUCCGGCAUCAUCAUUUGCUUUUGCUGAACAUUCAAAUAAUCAAAUGCUUGUUGCCGACAAUACAUUUGUUGCAUUAAUGAAUAAAUUAAAAACCUUACGCGCGUUUGAAAUACGUUUACCUAAAAUGGAAGUACGAGGUACACGAUUUGAAUAUCAAGAUUUUAUUAUUAAUCUUGGCAUUGUCAAUCAAUCACAAACAACAAAAGGAUUAAUCCUUGAAGUUGCCUAUGUUCCAAUGGAUGAAACACGUGAGGGUUAUUGUUUAAUUCAAGAAUUCUUACAAUCAUUUCUCAAUAUGACAAAACCAAUGGUACAAAAAGCAAUCACUGAACAACUAAGCAAUUGGCUAAGAUCACUUAAAGAAAAGAAGGAUGCAGAAUAUACACCAUCUAUAAGUUUAUUACAAUAUCUGGAUAUUUUUCUUAACAUGAGAAAACAACCCAAUGAAUAA